UUAUGAAUUUACGGAGGUUUACAGAAGCUGCCAGCGUGGCCGUGUGCGAGAGUCUUUAGUGUGACCCUUCUCUCCGUUUUCGUUUCUUCUCCACUCCUAUCGACCAGCUGGAGCCAUGAACAUCCUCAAGGGAUACAAGAAAGACGACGAAGAGUCGGGCGGGAACCCGUUCCUGCGGCUGGAGAAGAGCGCCGUCCUCCAGGAGACCCGCACCUUCAACGACAACGUCAUAAACUCCCGCAAGUGCGCCACAGUUCUCACCAAAGUCCUCUGCAUUUUGAACCAGGGUGUGACUAUGAAUUCUACAGAGGCAACUGAAGUGUUUUUUGCAACGACGAAGCUGUUUCAGUCGAAGGACAUUUCCCUGAGAAGACUUGUCUAUCUCGCCAUCAAAGAAAUGUCGACAAUUGCCGAUGAUGUCAUCAUUGUAACGAGCAGUCUGACCAAAGAUAUGACAGGAAAGGAGGAGGAGUACAGAGCUAGUGCCAUACGUGCCCUCUGCACAAUUCUCGACGCGUCAAUGAUGCAGUCCAUUGAGAGGUACAUGAAGCAGGCUAUUGUUGAUAGGAACCCAGCCGUCUCGAGUGCAGCCCUCGUCUCCUCACUGCAUCUCUGCAGGAAGGGGAGUGGGGACAUAGUGAAGCGGUGGGUCAACGAGGUGCAAGAGGCUCUGUCGUCCGACAACGUCAUGGUCCAGUACCACGCCAUGGGGCUCCUCUACCACAUCCGCAAACACGACCGUCUAGCCGUCUCAAAGAUGGUGACCAAACUCACUCGCUCCUCAAUGAGAUCAGCUCACGGCUACUGUCUCUUGAUACGGAUUGCGUGUCAAGUCAUGGAAGAGGAGGAGAGAUCGUCCAACAGCGUGCUCUAUGACUUCCUGGAGACCUGUCUUCGCCACAAGAGUGAAAUGGUGGUCUAUGAAGCCGCCCGAGCAAUGGUCAACUUGAACAACGUUACAGCAAGGGAACUGCAGCCUGCAGUCUCUGUUUUGCAGAUGUUUUUGACGUCGGCCAAGCCGACAGUUCGUUUUGCUGCCGUCAAGACACUCAACCAAAUUUCCAUGAUUCAUCCCGAGGCGGUGACGACGUGUAAUGUCGAUCUCGAGAACCUCAUAUCGGACACCAACCGCAGCAUAGCCACCCUGGCCAUCACUACCCUCUUAAAGACGGGCAGUGAGGCCAGCGUGGAGCGACUCAUGAAACAGAUCAGCAGCUUCAUGUCCGAGAUCUCCGACGAGUUCAAGACAAUCGUGGUGGAGGCCAUCCGCUCUGUCUGCGUCAAGUUCCCUCGCAAGCACCACAUCCUGAUGACCUUCCUCUCCUCCAUGCUGCGAGAGGAGGGAGGGUUCGAAUACAAGAGAGCCAUCGUCUGUACCAUCAUUACCAUCAUCGAGGAGAAUCCUGACGCAAAGGAAUCAGGUCUCUCUCAUCUGUGUGAGUUCAUAGAGGACUGCGAGCAUGUGGAGUUGGCCACGCGGAUCCUCCAUCUCCUCGGGAGGGAGGGACCACGCUCCCCCAAACCUCACCGGUUCAUCCGCUACAUCUACAACAGAGUUCUACUGGAGGCCCCACCUGUCAGGGCCGCUGCAGUGACGUCUCUGGCCAAGUUUGGAGCCUCGUGUGACUCACUCCUCGACAGCGUCCUCGUCCUUCUGGACAGGUGUCUGAUGGAUGGCGACGAUGAAGUGAGGGACCGAGCUCUCCUUUACUUCGAGAUACUGAAACAGAAACAAAAGGCCCUCACCUCUCGCUACAUCCUGUCAGACCUGACGGUGUCUGUUGUUGGUCUGGAGAGAGCACUGAUGCAGUACUGCAGUCAGCCGCAGGAGACUUCGUUCGACUUGAAGACUGUCCCCAUAGAGACCAUCCCAGUCGGACCCGCCAAAUCGAUUGGCGAGAGGACGCCGGGAGCAUCUGUGCAGAAACCGGGAGCUCUAGCCGCCUCCAAACAAGAUGUAUAUGCCAAGCAACUGGCGGCCAUACCGGAGUUUGCUGACCUCGGUCCGCUGUUCAAGUCGAGCGACAGGCCAGUGGAAUUGACUGAGAGCGAGACCGAGUAUGUUGUACGCUGCGUCAAACACACCUUCAACAAACACCUCGUCCUGCAGUUUGACGUGACCAACACUCUGAACGACCAGCUGCUGGAGGAAGUGCGGGUGGAGGUGGAGGAGAGCGAGGGGUGGAGCAUCGUGACCUCUGUACCCAUCCCCUCCCUCCCCUACGGGAAGCCUACCAGCACCUACACUCUCCUCGAGAUGGAAGACGCCACUCAAGUCAGUGGGACGUUUCUGAACACACUCAAGUUCAACGUGAGGGACUGUGACCCCACCACCGGUGAGCCGGAAUCAGUCCAGGGCUUCCCCGACGAAUACGUGCUGGAGAAUCUGGAGGUGGUGGUGGCCGAUCACGUCCAGCGAGUGAUUCGACCGAAUUUCGCUGCCUCGUGGGAUGAGAUUGGUGACGAGAACCAGGUGGAGGAGACGUUUGCUCUCAGCACCAUGAGAGACAUACCAGAUGCGGUGAACCAGAUCAUUACCUUCAUGGGGAUGCAGCCGUGCGAGCGGUCGGACAAGGUGGACCCCGACAAGCCGUCCCACUCCCUACUGCUGGCUGGAGUCUACCGCGGCGGACACGACGUUCUAGUUAAAGCCCGCCUUGCCCGUUCGGCCGCUCAGGGGGUUAACAUGAAGAUAACCGUUCGCAGUCCUGAUAUGAACGCCUGCGAGAUAAUCGCCGGGGCUGUCGGCUGAUUGUUUAUUCCAGAUUUUGAACUGACCUUAAUUUUAGUUAGGAUGAUGUAAUGCUACUGUAAUGGAAAAUAAAUGCAUGCGAUAUUCUUUUUGCGCAUGCGCUAACGAUUCCACGUACGUGACUAUACUACUAGCUGCGGAGACUUCUGGUACGUAAACGCGAGUGCAGGAAGGAUAUCUACAGAGAGAUGGCGACGUACGGGAGGAAGGAAGACCAGCUGGCUUACUCCAUGGAAGCUCUCGACAUCACUAGCAUGAGACCCGACAUAAAGGCGUUGGAGAAUAGCAGAAAUAGCUUUUUAUUUGUUCAUGUACUUCCACUUCGCUCUCACUUAUUCUUGGAUGAAGUGAGAAGCCUGCUGGGUGCAGGCUGGACUAAUGGUGACUGGUACUGGCUCUACCGAGAUACCCUAACAGCUAUAUUAUAUGUAGCUCAAAUUUAUUUUCAGUAUUGUAAGGUCUCGUUUGCUUAGUCACUAUAUACACCCCUAGCCUAGGGUAUACCUAGGUAUGUACAGGUGUGUUUGUCAAAGGGGAGAAGGUUCCUCCCACUUUGACAAACGCCUGUCCCACCCCCUAAUGUUUGCACUCUGACCUCUGUGGGGAUCGUGGUAUUGAAACGUGGGGGUGGGUUUUGGUUUUGCAUGGGAGAAUGGGAAUGACGGGUUGCGUCCUCUGGUUUUUUCCAGGCCAAAGAUGCAAACGCUCUCAUCAAGUCAAAGCUUGGUUACCGAGACGAAGAUGAACUCGACACUGGAGUACAGAAAGUUCAGCCACUCCCCUUUCUAGAUGAAGAGAUAUUGAAGUAUCAUGCUCAGAUUAGAGAGUCAGUAACCCCAGCACAGAGAGUUAACGACAAGGUUCCAAGCCAGGUCCUCCAGAAGGUAGACAGAGCUACAGCCAUGGCCAAAGAAGGCGAGACCAGUCUCUUCAAAGCCAGCCAGCUACUGGAGUUCACAUUCGAGGCCUACCAGUAUGCACGGGGGGCAGCUCAGGACAAGUACGACCUCAAGAGAAACAGCGAACAACACCUCUCAAAAUUUGGAGAAGGCUUCGAAAAUAUGUUAAAGUACAGACUUGAAGCGGACCUAACAAAGGCAGCGGUUGAAUUGGACAACUGCCAACGUUCAUUAGAGAGAGCACUGGAGGGGAGUAAGGGAGAUGUUUGUUCCCAGGAGGCCAGGGCCAGGGACGAGGACGCCGUCAUUGAAGACUCGUCACUAAAGGAGAGCCACGAACAGGUGAAAGAAAUGGUGAGAGUUGAGAAAAGUGAACUCCAUACCAUCGGAGAGCAGUGCCUCAAAGACAUGAGGACCAUUGAUGAAGAGCUUCGGACACUGAAGCAGCGAAAGAACAGAGUCGAAGAGCAGUGCAAAAUCGAAGAUGCUAAACGUGCUAAACAGCUCAAAGAAAACAGAGAGGAGCAGAGGGUGUUGGAGGAGAGACUGAGAAUACUGAGACUGGAGGAGGCUAGGUUGGUGAAGGAGAGAGAGAUGGAGGAACAGCUGCAACAUACUGCAGACGAGACGUAUGCAGCAACAGAGAGGGACAUUCUGGGCUGGAGGGGGAAGAUAGAGCACCUCCGUGCCCGGACGGAAACCUCACUGGGAGUCAUGACAUGCAUGGAAGAGUGUACCGAUGUGAUAAUGGAGGAUGCGAAGCGUAAGAAGAGAAUGUGGAAAGAGAGACUGCGAGAGACGGCAGUAGAGAGCCUGUGGAUUCUGAGGGAGACCCUGUUAAUCAAGGGAGCGGCUUUCAUGAUGGUUCUGGAAGACAACAAGAGCAACGCGGCUGAGAGCACUAAACUGAUUGCUCAUUACGAAGGUGAAAAGAUCUCGGCGGCGCGGAGUGGAUUUGCUCCGCGCGUGGACGACGCCAAGCGAUGCAUUGAGCAGUACAAGGGGGCCAGAGUCGAAUACGAACAGAAGAGCGCUGAGAGCUCAGAUAUCAUUAAGACCAUCAGAGAGGAAAUGGGGACGCUGGACGAGAAACUCCACAGUCUGAGACCAGGCCUGAAACGGGACACACUGGAGAAUAGAUAUGAGGAGCUGAAGCAGAAGAAAGGUCAAGCGUUCAGUGUCAUGAGUAUAGACGGAAUAGUCUUCUCAUUCUACCACAGACUGCCACAAUAGCUGCUAGCAGCUGCCCUCAGCUUUUUGUACUUUUGGGAAAUUAUAGUGCCUCGUUUUUUUGGUACUUUUUGUACUUUUGUACAUACCAAAGAAAGAGUAUGGGAAUGUAUGAUGAAAUCGUGCAUUGAAAAAAGUUUUUGGACUGUCUUAUUAUGUUGAUUCAUCGCUCUCUUCGUCUUCUCUCAGUUUGAGAAAGUCUACCAUCUUGUGAUGUCCUCUCCUCUUGCCAAGUCAAGAGCAUCCUGAGGGUAGCGAUACUCUUGCAAGUCGUGUGGCCGAAUGGCACCGUUGUCCUCGACGACUCUAAUUACUGGAUUUAUUGCAGGGGUUUCCCCUUCACUGGUGCCACUCCCACUGACCAACUCCUCCCAUGAAAACAGCAGGGAGUCUGUUUUGGUGCAGAACGGGUUGAAAUCAACCAACCGGAUGUCUCCCUCACUUGCUCUCCACACAUCAAAGACAUAGCUAGGGUCAGGAAAUUUGUUCCUGAUUUGGUUCUGAAAGAACUGUGCUACAUCUUGUCU